UUCCUUUCUCUAAAUGGCAAAACUGGCCAAAAAAACAACGGAAACAACACUAGCCGUUAACAUUUCUACAAGAAGUUAUGUGCGUGAUAUCAGUUUUAAAUGCCUGCAGGAUGGCUGCAAAAUUGCUUUAACACCAUUCAUAAACCAAAUACAUUCAAAAACAGAAAUGUCAUACGCUAUAAUCUAAGAAUAUUCUCAAGAAUAUUUUCACCCUAAAAUCAGCAGAAGAAUAAGUAUAUUCUUAUUAAAAAAGAGUGGACGCUAUAUUUUUUCAAGCCUUUAAUAUAGAGUUUUAAUCUAAAAUGGGAGAUGAUAAAUUUGUUCCUAUGCUAAUAUUUAUGUUGUUUUCUCUACUUAGCAUAUAAAGCUGAAGAUUCAACAUGGCAAGCAUAAGAAAAAAGCUGGUUAUUGUAGGUGAUGGUGCCUGUGGAAAGACAAGCCUUCUCUUUGUUUUCUCCAAAGAUGAGUUUCCCGAUUUUCACGAGCCCACAGUUUUCGACAACUACCUGACCGAGAUUGAAGUGAAUGGCAAGUUAGUAGAGCUUGUGUUGUGGGAUACAGCGGGACAAGAAAGUUACGACAGGCUGCGACCUCUCUCCUAUCCCGACACUGAUGUUAUUCUGAUGUGCUUCUCCAUUGAUAAUCCUGACAGUUUAGCGAACAUUUCCGAAAGAUGGGCUCCUGAAGUUAGACAUUUCUGCCCUAAAGUACCAAUCAUUUUGGUUGGUAACAAGAAAGAUCUGAGAAAUGAUGAAUAUAUAAAGGGAGAGUUGUCCAAGACGAAACAAAAGCCAGUUACGAGCGACGAAGGAUCUUUAAUGUGUGACAGGAUUGAGGCCUACGAUUACCUGGAAUGUUCUGCUAAAACAAAAGAGGGAGUAAGAGUUGUGUUUGAAACGGCUGCGAAAGCUGCGCUUAAGAAGAAGAAAAAAGUUGAUGGCAAGACAGUAGAGCUAGCAUUUUGGGAUACGGUGGGAGACGAAGAAUAUGACAGGCUACGACCUCUCUCCUAUCCUGACACUGAUGUUUUUCUGAUGUGCUUCUCCAUUGACAGUCCUGAGAGUUUAGCCAAAGUCCUUGAAAAAUGGACUCCUGAAGUCAGGCAUUUCUGCCCAGAUGUACCAAUUAUUUUGGUCGGUAACAAGAAAGAUCUGAGAAAUGACGAAAGCACAAAGAGAGAGUUAUCAAAGAUGAAACAAGAGCCUGUAAAAAGUGAAGAAGGAUCUUUAAUGUGUGAAAGAAUCAAGGCCUAUGCUUACCUAGAAUGUUCUGCUAAAACAAAAGAGGGAGUAAGAGAUGUAUUUACAACGGCUGUGAGAGCUGCACUGAUGACGAACGAAAGGCGAAAUAAACGAAAAUGUUGCAUAGUGUAAAAUAAGUAGAACUCUUGAACAUGUUUUUCCGUGACUGGAGAUUCCGUUUGACAAGGUUUACUAAAGUGGAAAACUUUCACUACUUUAUAGAAGUAGGAAAGGGUUACUCCUCUGCGUAUAUAAAGCUGCACAGAUCUGUUUAUUUUAAAGGGUAUGAACCUUAUAUAUUUUGGACUGAAUCCACCCGUGAUUGACAUGUUUUGGUCUGAAACAAUUAGCUCUGUUAUAUAUACUGUCGUUUGUUUAGACUUAGUUUAGUAACC